AUUUGACUGAAGUCAGAAGACAAUGACACUAGAUAAUAAGUGUCUCUUGAAAUUACUUCGUUUAUGAGAAUUUAUGUCAACAGUGAGGCAAGACACCAUGGCAGACCAGGACAGUCUCACCCAGUCCCCAACCUGGAAGAAACCCUCGGACAUCAUGAAAGUCCGUCUGAAGAAACGACGAACCAGCAGCCUCGGGAACACUCGGUUGCUAGCAGCGAAAGCCGAGAGGCGAAACCGACUCUCAAGCGGUGAAGGGGAUGUGAACCACCGUCCGGGCAAGAGGCGUAACCCCUUUGGUCAGGACGGUGCACCCCCAGCCAGACGGAGAGCCUCACAGAACAAUGAUGCAGAAGAUGAGAGGGGAGACAGGAGAUCAGACGAAUACAGAGAAGACUCUCCCUCCAUGGGGCAAGAAGAGGGAAUGGGCGGAGUCAGAGGAGAAGUAGGCAGUGGGAGUGAAGUCAGUCUGUUUCGGGCGUUGGACUCUGGGGAAGAUGAGGCUGUAUUCACUGAAGGGACUGAGAGAAAAGGGGCACCAGCGACAGAGUACCAGCGAGCGCUGAGUGUCAGUAGCUCAGGGAAGACAGAAAGGCCGGACGAGGAGACGGAAACAGAGGGAGAAGCAAAACUUGAGAAAUUGACCAGUGAAUUCCUUCCCCUGGACUGGAGCAUCAAAUCCAGGGUGCGCUUCACCUCCCCGCAUCCCUUCAGCUGGAGCCACCCUCUCAAGACUACCGAGGAGGCCAGCGGGAUUUGCUCCUUUGUGAGGUGUGAAGACCUCUCGAGAGCACAGCACAAAACAUCUGAGAAUGUCUCAGCAGUGCAUAGCAAAUGGAAAGCUAGACUUCAACAGUCCCUCAUGAUGUGGAGUCACCCUCAUCUUCCCUGGGUCAAGCUGUAUCCCCGACUCACGCUACGAUCCAAAGCAACCAGUACCUCGUUUGCUGCGUUUGAUGAAUCGAUACAAAAGGACCUUAUGGCCAGUUGGUCUGAAAGUUUCCGCUCAGUGUUCUACCUCCUGAGGUCUGGCCACUGCCCCUACUUCUACCUGUUAGCCCACCAGUACACUGUACUCUUCAGGGCUGCAGGAGUGGGCGGGGUCAAACACAUACACGCCCUGUUUAACCCAACAACAAAAGGGCUUCGCGAUGCAUUCAAAGAGGAAGGCAUUGAUUUCAGCCUGCCACUGGCUAAGAUGGAUGAUCAGCAGAACAAAUCCAGAUCAGACUUGGAGGAAGAAUUCCGAGAGCAGUACAAGCAACCAUCGGAAACGGAGGGAGAGGUAUCCAAGGCAACUCUCUCAUGUGAGGCAGAUAUUGACCAGAUCCUUGCAGGAGAUGAUGAAGACAAAGAUGGUGAGGAAGAGGAGUUGGCAAUAAGUCAAGAUGACGACGCUGCCUCCUCAUGGCUGCAGAGCAUGGGAUUAGAUAAACAACACUUCCCCUCCCUGGAACCUAGCAAAGUCAAUUUGCAGCGAGAUCAUCUCAUGAGAAUCGACAACCGUCCGGAAUCCAUGGUUCUCGUCCAAGGAUCAGACACCCAGGCCCUGUACAAUUUCCUCCUCAACACCCGGACCACGGUUGCCACAACGGGCGCCACGGCGGGGAUACCACCCACCCUCCUGGCUCCUGUGGCAUUCCAGGGAGCUACACUGGACAGCGUCAAGUGGAAACCAGGCGUGAUGAAGCAAGCCGUCGGCAACAAGCUCCAAGAAUCCUACAGCUUGGAAAUCACUGGUCCCCUGCUACCUCACAACGUCUUCCACGUCUGUCAACUCCUCGACGGAACCCAAGGGGCCGACUUCAGCGGGACGUUCAACAACCACGACCCUACCCUGCCUUUCAGUCUGGUGACGACGGAGACUGCGACCGACUCAAAGACCGAAACAGGGGAGAGUUUACAAGAAGACAGUCGGGGGAAGGACAGCUUUGCAGACUACUUGGCAGCCCAGGGAGGGGAGAGGCAUGUGGGUAUUUUGAAGGAGUUUGCCUACACCGAUGGACUGUACCAGUGGUGGAAACAGUAAAAAAAAAAAAACAUUCUUAGGCUUCGUCCCAAUUACUUGGCUACGGCUUGGAAGAACACAUGGGUCUAUGGAAGGAGUGGAGUGCCGUGGCCUAGUGGUCUGGAGC